ACGCUGAAGGAUGAAUAGUGAAGAAGAGUUCUAUGAUGCCGUUACGGGUGAGUGGGGGCACAGUGCUAAAAAGGAGGACAGGAUUAAAAGGAAGCUCUGAACUGCAUUGUGUGCUUUAAGGUACAAGUAAUGUAUUACCGUUAAGGAAUAAAAAAGAAAAAGUGCUUCUUGUGAAACUUGUAGUACUGAGUUCUGAAAAGAAGAAAGGUUUGGGCUUGACCUUGGAAGUAUGUAUUUAUUUAAUAUUACUUUUAUUUUUUAAACCUCAGUGCUGGCUAUUAUUUUACCACCAUAGUAGUUCUUUAGGGCCAGAGUCUUGCUUUCAUUUUUCCAUGAAAUACAGGUAAUUUUAUAACAGCUUGAGAAGUAAUGCUUUUAAGGCCCUAUGAAAGGUGAAAAUAUCUUCUGUAAGUUAUUUUCACUCGCAUUCUAUUUAUUUUAAUGGAAAACUUAUUCCAAAUAAUUGAAAUAGAGAAAUAUUUCUCUGCAUCUGUACAAAUUGCUCUAAAAGCAUGCUUUCAGGAUAGGGAGCUGAAGGGCUUUGCAACCCAGUGCUGUUUCUAGAAGAGCAAACAGGAAUUGCAUUGCUCUGGAGCAGUGCAUCAAAUAAUGCUGUUCUCUGAAGUAAUAAGGAUGAAUGAUUACUUGUAAGAUCCUUACAUGGUUUUAGUGAUGAAAUGAAAUACUUUAAGUAUUUUAAUUUUAAAAAAAAGGCAAAAACAAAAUAAAAAAUCAUUUCAAAAAUACCAAAGCAGUUAAGAGUUUUCCAUGUAAAUGUCUCCUUAGAAAUUCUGUAAUUGAGGUGAAAUGAGAAAUACUGGCAAUGGUGAGUGUAGAGUACUUGAUGUGAAAUCAAGGGAAUGAAAGAGAAUGAUGGCAAUCAUGAAAGCCAAAGAAUGGAAGUGGUGUGGUAGAUGCAAGUGGGUGAGGUGGACCUGGACAUGUUUGGUUGGAGAUUCCUGUGAGGAAUAAACAGAGCUGGUUGAAGCAGUGUGACCAAUAGCAGACUGUAUAGGACUUGUCACAGUUGUGUCAGGGAGAAGGAAAUCUGGAUUGUGUCCUUGCUGGUUAGAACUGAUAGGCACUGGUACUCCAAAUUACUCUGUAAAUCAAAGUCUUUACUGUAAAAAAUACAUAAAAAUCCUGAGAAUGCAGUGAAUUUUUUGGGUUCAUCCUUGGUAAUCUUAUAGUUCCAGGAGCUUAGGACUACUGUUGUGAAUGAGCCAGGAAUUCUCCAAUUUGAAAAGGUGAACAGAAAUGCACAUCUAAGCAUGAGGUCUGUCUUACAGCUUCAGUGUUGGUGUAUUCCUUUGUCUCUGACUGGAGAAAUACACAGCUCACAGAGUUUGUGUCUUCUUUGUUCGAGUAGUUAGAUUUUCCUUUCUUGAACCCUAAAAGGUUGAUUUGCCCUACAAAUGCUCCAGGAAGUAAUGGCUUCAAAGUUAUUGCACAUCAGAUAUGCUUGUGCCUUGCAGUCUGCUGGCUCUGCUCACAAGUGGGAUGCUGUACAUCCAUGUGAGAGUACUCCUUGUCCUGUCCUAAACUUUGUCUUCCAUGAGGAGGUGUGUAAUGGGAGGAGAGAAGCUUCCAAGCAAAAGAUGAGAUGUCUCUGUGUGCUCUUAGCACGGCCCUCUUCUGAUGGACAGUCUUAUGUCUGCAGCAGGCGCUCCAGAAGCUAAAUGUGGUUGAACUUUGUUCCCUUAUGUGUUGCCCUGCAGCAUACCCCACAGGUAUUUGGCUUAACUGGAGUGCUCAGUCUGGAUAAGUUUGUUUCAGAGUCUUUCUCCCUUAAGACUACCUAUAAAGAUAGGUAUAGAUACAAAGAUCUUCCAGCUAGAUGCUUUAGACCUUACUGUCCAUUUGUUGGAUUACUUGCACACACCUAGUAAAGUCUAGACCUUGUUCUUUGUAUCUGUGACUUCUUCAGGUCAUACAUAAAUGUGAUGCUAAGAACAACUAUUAAUAGGUCUGUCUGCAUUCUUCUGCUGGUGCCUGUAGCAGCUAGGUGUACACUCAGUAUCCCCAGGAGAUUAAGCUCAGAAUUGAGGUCCUUUCUGAGUCACAGUAAGCUUUUGCAUUCCACAUUAAGAACUUCAGGAUUUUAGGUUCCAAAUUUUGACUAAAAAAGCAAAAUGCCCUUGGCAGACUCCUCAGCUUGUUCUUUCUGAGCAUACUCUCCAUUCUUUAAGUCAGAGCUGUAGAUGGGCAGAAGCCAACUUGAGACAUGUGCUGGUUUUCCCUUAAGUCUGUGACUGGGAUGUGGCUACCAGGAACAAGCUCAUUCUCCAGCUGUGUUUCAUUUCCAUGCUGAAUGAAAAUGAAUUUCCAUGCUGAAUGAAAUGAAAACAGUGUGUACCCCAUGCCUUUCUCCACUUGCUUCCCCAGUCGUCCUGGGCUCUGCGUUCCUCGGUGGAAGUUGCAGUGUGUUCCCACAGCUUCCCUGAUUUUAGUAAUUUGGAUGCUGUUGUUUCUGCCCUACAAAUAGCAAACCAGGCUUAGCAGGGCAGUGAAACUCCAUGGGAAGUUGUGCUUUAGAAUUCUGCAGCAAUCUUAGCCUAGGUAAUGUGUUCUCCCUUUUAAAACGUGAGUUCACUCCUUGAGAAGGCCUCAACAUUUCUGUAGUUAUUACUUGAUAACAUCCACUUCUCAAGUAGACAUCUGCCCUGUGGACCCCUGGGUUUUGUUGUGAUGGAUUUAAUCUCUUAGGUUAAGAAGUUUCCUGCUUCUGACACUGUCCCCAUCACAUCCAGAAGUCAUCUUCAUGUGAUGGCAUUGCAUGCGGUGUGGUUGGGAGUCAUCAUCCUGGCAGGUGGUUUGUCCCAAUGAUGUUUGAUGAUGAGUACACCUGUAAAUGUCCAUGGAUGCACUGUGCUGUGUAGCUGGUGAGUCAGUUGGCUGGUGAAGAGUUUCCAGAGUGAAGCUGCUUUGUGUUCAGAGGUGAUUGUCAUUGCUGAUUAGUUGGACACAUGACAUCCUUACUUUGGGACUGAGUACUUAGUGUGAGCAUCUCAGAGAUGUUGUGUGUGAUGUCUGUCAUUUCUUGGCAGCUCAGCGUUUGAUUUUUCUCAAAUACAGGAGGAAUACUUCUCUGAGUCUGGAUCAGGAAACCUGGUAAAUUCAUUGAUGAAUUCACAUUCUUCAAAAUCUUAUGGCAGCACUUUGAUCAUUUCGCUCUGGCCCUCAUCACCUUGGGAUUAUUAAUUUCAUUUUGAAUUUGUUAAAGGCUGUGCUGUUGACUUUUGUUGUGUCAGACCUUAUCUUUCAUUAAUUCUGUCAGGUAUCUUUUUGCCAAAGUGGUUUGUGGAAGGGAUUGGCACAGAACAAGAUGCUUAGUGCAGUAAGUUGGUUAUGGGGUAAUAAUUUAUUUUUGACAAGCUUGCGUAGCUUUUGUUUUACUUUUUUACAUAUUAACCUGCAGUUCCAUGGAAGCCUGUUCAGUGUUGGUGAGGUUAAUCUGGUGCAGUGUAUUUGAGAGCAGGUUGCCCUUCCGUUCCUACUGCUUGGCUCUUGUUCGCUGUAAACUGCUGCUUCCUCCUGGGGAGGAGCAAGUGAGGUACCUGCUGCCAAAUGUAUAUAUUUUCAUCCUGUUUGGAUUGAAUCAGCAGAUUGUGCCCCAGUAUUGAAGUGCUGCAGAUGUUGUGAAAGCCCAGCCUGCCUCCUGUUGGAAACAGCAUGGUACGGCCAUGUAGUGUGAAGACUGACUUGUUUGGGAAAGUGGAGAAAUAGUAAUUUCUGACUGAGGAAAAGUGACCUCUUAUUUUACUCACUAUACACACAAGCAUUUUUAUCCCAACUCUGAAGGAACCCUUUUAGGUAUGAAGGUUCUCACCACUUUGCUAUUUUGAUUCUCUUUCUGUCUUGAGUGACAAACCUUAAUUAGUAUUUGAGGAAGGUGCUGACUGUAUGAAAGGGCAGUCUUGUGUCUUCAUGUGUACAGUGUACUCAGUACUGUGCCACUCUGCUCCCUCGUAGCUGGAUGUGUAACAUGGCUUAGUGGACUUGUUUCAUCUGCAGGAUGGAGAAGGAGAGGACUGUGAAAACUAGAGCUGCUGGCUUUGAUUCUGACAAUUCUUCAGGAGAGUUUUCAGAAGCAAAUCAUAAAGUUGCAGAAAUGCUUGAUCUAGAUCCACACCAAAGCAGUAGGACCGGAAAGCAUAAUGGAGAGACAGAGAUUCAAGAAAAUGGAAUUAAGAGACACAGGACAUCCUUACCUGCCCCAAUGUUUUCUAGAAGUGAUUUUAGUGUGUGGAGCAUAUUAAAAAAAUGCAUUGGCCUGGAGUUGUCUAAGAUUACAAUGCCCAUUGUCUUCAACGAGCCAUUGAGUUUCCUUCAACGGAUAACCGAAUAUAUGGAACACAUAUACCUCAUUAAUAAGGCUUGUAGUCAUGCAGACCCCUUGGAAAGAAUGCAGGCUGUAGCUGCUUUUGCAGUUUCUGCUGUAGCUUCUCAGUGGGAGAGAACUGGCAAACCAUUUAACCCACUGUUAGGAGAAACCUAUGAAUUAACAAGGGAGGAUUUAGGAUUUAGGUUUAUAUCUGAGCAAGUCAGCCACCACCCACCUAUUAGUGCAUUUUAUUCUGAAGGCCUCAAUAAGGACUUUAUUUUUCAUGGAUCAAUCUACCCCAAAUUAAAAUUCUGGGGAAAGAGUAUAGAAGCGGAGCCACGGGGAACAAUUACUUUGGAGCUUCUAAAACAUAAUGAAGCUUACACAUGGACAAAUCCAACCUGUUGUGUACAUAAUGUAAUUAUUGGUAAACUGUGGCUAGAACAAUAUGGAACGGUAGAAAUUGUGAAUCACAGUACUGGAGAUAAAUGUGUCCUUAAUUUUAAACCGUGUGGGCUGUUUGGAAAAGAGCUUCACAGAGUAGAGGGAUACAUCCAGGACAAAAACAGAAAGAAGCUGUGUGUCAUCUAUGGCAAGUGGACAGAAUGCUUGUGGUGCACUGAUCCCACUACGUAUGAGACUUACAAAAAGAAUGAGAAGAGAGGUGGUGAACAAAAGAAAUUGAAGCCGAGUGAAGAUGUUAUAAAAUCAGAAAAUGAUGAGGCUGACGAUAUGCCAGAAGUUCAAGACACCGUGCAGUUUAUACCAGGCAGUAAAUUGCUUUGGAGAAUAAAUUGUAGGCCACCCAACUCAUCACAGAUGUACAAUUUCACCAGUUUUGCUGUGAGUCUCAAUGAGCUAGAGAAGGGCAUGGAAGCAAUAUUAGCUCCCACUGACUGUCGGCUACGUCCAGAUAUCAGAAACAUGGAAAAUGGAAACAUGGAUGUGGCUAGUAAAGAAAAGGAGAGACUAGAAGAGAAACAAAGGGCUGCUCGCAAGGAGCGUGCAAAAGAUGAAGUGGAGUGGCAGACAAGGUGGUUUCAUCAAGGCACUAACCCAUACACUGGGACUUCAGAUUGGCUGUACUCAGGUGGCUAUUUUGAUAGAAAUUUCUCAGACUGUCCGGACAUAUAUUGAAAUAACAGAACCAAUGGCUCAUCUCAUCUGGACAUCUAGUUACUAGAUUUCAUUGUAAGCCAGUUAGUCUGGUUUUGUGAAUAACAAAACUCAGCUUUUUAAAGUAAAUCCUAACAAAACAUCAGUCAACAAUCAAGGAUUUAAUGAUCACUAAUGUUGGAUUGCCAAAUAUUUAAACACUGUUGCAUUCUUUUCAUAAAGCUACAUCUGAAAUCAUCAUAUUUUCACUAAUUUUUAAAGGGACCUUUGGAUCUCCAUUUUUUUUUUUUCCCCUAGUUUUUAUCAGGAAGGUAUGCUGUAUCUGGUAGAGCUCAUAACAUCCUUGAAAACUAUGUAACUAUAAGAAAAUAGAGAUAUCAUCUUUACUUAGAGUAGUGAGGAAUCUAAGUUUUCGGAACUUGGAGCAGGGAUGAAAAGUUCAUAAGGUACGAACAUGAUAAAAUCUAGUACUGUGGAUAUUUCCCAUGAGGAGAUGCAUGUGAAACUUUCAUACAGUAUGUAGCACUAUGUGGGGAUUGGAGCUCCUGGCCCCUCUCUCUCAAUAUGAUUCAAUAAUUCAAAGGCGUUGAGAAACAAACAACAACUUUAGCUUCUCAAACUGUAGUCAUCUGUUACGAAGUCUUCACAAUUUCUGGUCACUGUGAGCAUUAAACUAUAUACCUGUGAUAAAAUUAGAUAAAACAUAUGUUAAGAGCAAGGUGCAUUAAACAACGUGUGCUUUUUCUGAAGUCAGAUGCUGUUCUUAAAGUAUGAGAAACUUCAGAAGCAAUUGCAGGAAUGCAGAGGUGGUUCAAUGUAAAAUAUAUUGCUUGCUACCACUUGGAGGCUUAGAUCUUCUGCACUACUUUUGGCAGCUUUGGCACUAAAUAUGCUUCUAGACUAAACUUUUAUUUGGAAGCACUCGGUAUGUAUAUCCACACAAAUCUCAUAUUUCUGGGAUGUUUUUGUUUGCAUGUUUUUCAUUAUUAGGUCAUGUCUAUUUUGUAUGUUGUGAAAGAGCAGAAUCAAUUUCAAGCUGUGGCAUAGUUACCUAUUACAUGUUUUCUGUGAGCAUGUGAUGUCAUAAAAGUGGAAUUUUUUUGUUCCAUAUUGAAACUUCAAAGCCAUAUAAUGGAAAUAAUUGAACUACAGAUCAAUUACUGAACUGAUAUACUAAUUUUCUUUCAAAGUGAUACACUUCUGAUGAGGAGAGAGGGAAGGUCUUGAAAAAUUAGGUCUAGUAAUUAAAACUAAUCCUAAGGCUGCUUGUUUUUUUUAUGAAAACUUUUGAGUAACCAGGCAAGAAAGGAAAAUGGCUGCUCUGCAUUUAGGCUUACAGUGAUUCAGAGAUCGCUGGUGCUAACCACCAGCACCUUGAGGAGUUUGUGGAAGAACUGAUCCAACUGAUGCCUAAACACAGUCAUGGUUUCAUCUGAAGAGCAGAUUGUGCUUCUAUCCCAGUGAUAGGAUAAAAAAGCAAAAGAAAGUUAACAUACGGAGAAAUGUUUUUGUAUCAAAUUAUGCAUCACAUGAUUGAACUAACUUUAAUCUGGGGGAUUUACUUGUUUUCUUCAUUGGAAAUCUGAGACAAAUGGUAAAAAUUCAAGGCAAUAAAAAGGCCUAACCUGAAAUGUGCUCAUAGCAACGUUACUCGUUGCCAGAAAUCAUACUUGCUGAUUUUCUUUACACACAAACUAAACGUGGUAAUAUGGCUCAGAGAGCAAAUUUAUAUUUGUUUCUAAUAAAUGCUUAGAUGCUUGACCUUUAAAAAGACCUUACUGAUCAAUAUGGGAUAGCAUAAAAACACUUCUGAGUCUUUUUGUAAAAAUUAACUUUAAUUACUGUUCCAGGCAUGGAACGCUCCUUGCAGGUUUUCUGCUCGCUGACUGUGGAACCACACAUCCAUUUCUUAUUGGAUGAGGGUUGAAACGAUUCACAGGCUAAGCCAGUUUAACAUCUCAAGGGAGAUUAAAACUUGCUUAAGCUAAAUUACACAUUUAAGGUUGGAGUCGAGUGCUCUUUGAAAACAUAUGAAUAGAAUGGAAAAAAUGCAGAGUAAUUGGUAAAGAAAUACUCUGUUUUUAAGAAGGAGCGGACAGGUUAGCAUCCCUCUCCUCUUGAAUUAGGAUUUUAAAGACCCUUUUCAUUAUGCAAAAACAGAAUUCCACCAUGUUUAUUUGAAACGUCAGUUUAGGAAUGUCAUGUAAUUUAAAAACAAAUUGGCACGUUUUCUGAAAUAGCAUUACAUCUUUAGCCCAUUCUCCCCUCUCUUUUGUGUAAUGUUUUUAGGGAAAUCUCGAAUGGGUUCCAGCUCUGUUCUUUUAAUUUAUUAUUCCUCACUGAAAACAUUUACGGAAUAUUUUCUCAUUGCUGCUGAAAAGUCUCUGCCUGGCGAGCCUCGGGAUACCCAACAGCACAUUGUGAUCGCUCUGAAAGUGAACAAAACGUAUUUUAAAUGCAGAUCUCGCCUCAGUAGUUUACAUGUCAAAACAUUAACUUUGCACCUUUUAAAAGAAUGUCACUUUUAUAACUUGAUUAAGCACUGUAUAUAAGAUAACUGUGUUAGUAUAUGUUAAUACUGUAGAGAAACCAUCUAGAAAGAAAAUUAUAAUAAAUGCUUAAUUCCCUUUGGGCCUCUAGGUGGUGAGAGAGGUUUGUGCGCAGGGAGGUAGGUGAUGGGGCAGCUGUGUGCUGUGUGAGGACAUGGGUGGAGAUGGCCGGGUCGCUUCUGGUCACCACGGUGUGUGUUGUGCAAAAAGUGAUGUAAAUCCGAGCUCUGAGUGCCAGGGGGACCGUGAGGUGAAAGCGAUGCCUUCGUGGAGGGUUGGGGUGGCUGCUGAGAGCUCUGUGGGAGAGUGCGCUGUGUGGGCGCUGUGUGCUUUGUGGAGCGCAGCCUGAGGGGUGGUGCGCUUGUGGAAGGGCUGGUAUGUAAUUGAUGAGGACAGGAAUAUGCCCUGAAUUGGUCGGAUAAAAAAAAAAAACAGCUAAACGGCUGCAUUUGCGGCUGUGUAAUGACUAAAAAUCGCCCCUCAGUGAAUUGAAACCAAGCAGUGGAAAUGGUGUGGCUGAAGCGCUCCCAGAAUCUCCACGGCUUUCCCCCUGCACUGUCAGCAUGGCUCUGCCCUGGGGCCGGCAGCUCUGCUCGUGUCACACACCUGAGCGGGGUAUGAUGGAGAGGGAAGGAGAGGGAGGCCCGGCUGUACGAUGAGGCCCGGCCCUGUGGAAGCGCUGAGUGAAAUGCAUUUAUUUUUGUAAUAUUUAAUAACUGUCAAUGCCCGUCUCUAUUAACAACCGUCUUUGGCUUUUUAGAGAAGUCUGUACAGGUCUGCGGACGUCCAUGUUACACUGUAAAGCUGUAAAUCCGAAUAAAGCUCAUUUUGAAGAAGA